GGAAGGGCUUCCAAGGCCCCCCAGAAGCACAACAAGUCAUCAGGCAAUGAAAGUAGUGCUCUUUUGGCAUUUUCGGAUGUCAACUGGGGUGAGCCCACUAGGUCAUACAUGAUAUCCAUCACUCACGCAGGAGACUUGGUCAUUAGGAAGAUGUGGGAGAGAGCUCAGAACCUUGGCACAAAGAGGCAUGGUGCACGAAAGGUGGACGAGGAAUCAGAAGAUGAGCGCGCACUCAUCUGCUAG